UCUAGCUCUCACAGUCUCAAUCUGUUUUUGGUUUAGCCUGCCACAAGACGCAGCGCUUCGGGUGUCAGUCGACGGAAAUUGUAACUACAGGUGUGCACUUAUUGUAUUCUUUCGAGAAAAAGGAGGCGUGUAAUAAAGCAAAAAAAAAAAAAAGUCAUCACUAAUCUUCCAACCUUUUCAGGGUCGACUGCUGGGGCAAAAUCUCUGGGCGAAACAUGAUUAUUACCUGCCGUAGAUGUGACAGUCUUCAGUAGGCUAGUACAGUAAUAUUUCAUUUCGAGCCUCAGUAAACAGCAGAGAAGCAAACGAUGGAGUUUCGGCUUGUGCUCACGUGCCUGCUGUUCAGCCUUCACCUGCGCGCGGCCAAGUCGCAGAGCUCGAGCUCCGGUUCAGUUUUGAAUUGCUGUGAAGGAGACGUCUUGUUCCUACUGGAUUCUUCGGGCAGUGUGUCGAUGUUCGAGUUUUUCCACAUGCUGAAGUUCCUGUCAGAGCUUGUGCAGCCUUUUUCUCUGGGCCAUGAGCAAGUGAGGAUGGCGCUACUACAGGUUAGCACCAUGCCUCACCUGGAGUUUGGCUUUGAGGCUUAUAACAGACAGCAGGACCUUCAGGAAGCACUGCAGAGGACUCAAAAACUUGGAGGAGACACAAACACAGAGGAAGCACUUCUGAUUGCCAAGGAGGAGGUGUUGAAACAGGGCAUCCCAGGGGGAGCCAGAGAAGGACUACCGAGAGUGCUGGUGUGGCUUACUGAUGGCGUGGAGCCUGGGGAUGUGCAGAAAUACAUGGAUGAACUGCGGGACGAGGGUGUCUAUGUGCUGAUUGUGUCCACCGGUCGAGGGAACUACCAAGUGUUAAGGGAUGUUGUGAGUCCUCCUGCUGAGGAUCACCUGUAUUUCGUGGAUAUUGAAGACAUGAAUAUCAUCACUGAGGACUUGAGGAAUGCCAUCAUUGAAAUCAUUCGAGCUAAGAGGCUGCAGGUCCAAGACAUCACCUCUACUAGUGCAGAGUUACACUGGAGGCCUGUGCUUGCAGGAGACGGGUUCUAUGACAUCCGCUUUGGACCUGUUUACUCGGGACAAGCAGAAGGGAGUGUGCCAGGCAGUGGUACUGACCAAAGCACAGCUGUAGGUCCCUAUCAGAGAAUCACCCGCCCUGGCAACACCAGCUCUGCCAGGCUGAGCAACCUACAUCCGAACACUACAUACAAUGUCACGCUAAUCCCACAAUCCAACUUGGACAUCUUUAACACCCUACAUACCACCUUCACUACACAACCAGAGAUCCAGAGCCCAGCGCAGGUGACGGUUUCUGAGUCGACCAUGACCAGUGUGAAAGUAAGCUGGGGGCCACUGCAACCUGAAUCUAUACAGACUUACCAGGUGGAGUACUCCACCCUUCCAACAGGGAAACUCCAUGUGCUCACGGUUAAUAACAGGCAGGACUCGACGGUACUGACAAACCUGCAGCCCGGGACACAGUACCUGGUCACUGUGAGCGCCAGCUACUUCUCUGGCAAAGAGAAAGCCAUGUCUGUCAAAGCAUGCACUCAAGAAGUGUUGCCAGCUCUAGCAGAUCUGCAUCUCUCGACGGUGGGAAAUGACUCAGUGUUGGUCAAGUGGAAGGGUGGUGCUGAAGGUUUACGUGGUUACUGGCUGACGUGGGAGGGCGAGUCUGCACAAUCCUCUAGGCAGCGUUCCACUUUGUAUCUGCCACCCCACCUCCUUUCUACAACACUUACCCACGUACCCCACAAUGCCCGCGUCUGUGUCUCCCCUGUUUACAAGUCAGCUCGAGGAGAAGGCCUUUGUUGUUCGGCUCACUUCGGCUCAGCUGCAUUUGCUUGGAGUCACAACUUGUAAUCCUGCCAGACAGAUGGAUGCAGGGCUGAAAACCUUACCACAGAUGGAAAAAGGGGAUGAGAAAAGGUUAUAACUUAUAUGGUUAUAGCGUUUUUCGCCCAUUGAGAGGUGCUCUAAAGCAAUACACCAACUCAAACUGCACUGAAUAGACAAACCAAACUUAUUUAAAUCUGCACAUUAUGCAUGCACUAAACACAAACAAGAAUUAAAUGCUGGUAGCAUAAACAGUUAAUUUGGUGACGAAACCAUUUAGAAACAUCGAUCAGAAGCAUGCAGUUUUGUAUAUCAGGUAUAUAUUUUAGUAAUGAAAUUGAAUCGAAUAUCUUGUCUUACUGCCCCCAUACAUUUUAUCUUUGGAAAUGGGAACAAUGGAACAUUUAUUAUAGUAAGGUCACACACCUAGCUAAACUUGCACAUUUAAACCACUGCCUGAAAGCAAACUGUGUAUUGUAUGUGUAUUGUUAAAGAGAAUGAUUAUCCCAGUGGUUGUUAUACAUGUUUCUGGAAUACCCCUGCCUUACUUGUGGUGCUGUUUUCCCUGGCUACUAAUUAACACGCCCUUCCUUGUUGACGUGUGUACUUGAGCACAGAAAACAUACAAAAACAAAAAAUAAAGUGCAGUCUAUGGGUCGUACAGGAUCAGGGUUAGAAGCCACUCAUUUAAGCCACCAUAAUUAUCUCUCUAUGAGACUGUAAGGUUGAUGAAAAUAAGGAACAGAUUUUUAAUUCCUUAGCUACUAAUAAGAGGGUGUACCAAAUGCUUUGUGGUCAAGAAGGGCCUUAAUCAGUUUUUCAGAAAAUGUCUGAGGCACAAUCCACUACCCACACACACACACGUCUGCUUUAGGGAUGUACAUAAAGAUUUGCUUUUUAUACCUUACUCCUGUAUUUUGUCCUUGCAGGAUGUGUUUUUUGCUUUGCACAUGAGUAAAGUAUGGGCUGUAUCAGCGAAGUCCUCUACUGCCUCCUUGUGGAUUAUCAGAUAUAUUGAUGCUUUUAAAUACAGUACAUUCUAUAAUUUCAUGCUAUUUAAUGAGUUGGUGUAAUGUCCAUAUAUUGAGAAGUUGCUUUAAAAGUUUAAUAUACAUGUAAAUAAGAUGGCUCUAAACUUAGCACUUUCUUUAGUUGAAGCGUAUUGUUUGCCAAACUACUCGUCAUGCUUGAAUGCUGUCUAAAUAUAUUAAGCGGUAGAAGACUCAGCAUAUCACAGGUGUAUUGCGUUACAAAAAAAACAUACCUGUAAAUAUUUCAUUAUAUACACAAUGUCUUAUACUGUACAAGACUCCCCCAGCUUUAUUGUUGAUUGA